UAUAACUUCUCUUUGCAGACUCAGUAAAAUAUUCUUGCAACAUAGAAUAAAAUAAUCUGGGAAAAAGUGAAUUUUGGAAAAUAGAAGAAUACAAAGUCGGAAAACCAAAAAUUUUGCGGAGGUUUUUGGUCGAUCAUGGCGGUGGUGGAAAAUGCCAGGGCUAGCGCGAUGACGUCAUCGAAUCGCGAGAGCGACGCUGCGGUGGAUCAUCGCCACCACCAGCAAAAGUCAACGACGCCGACCGAUCAGAAUUUCCACCUGAAGAUGUCCAACGGCCAUCACCAGCUCGCCGUUAACGGGAAUGGAGUGUCGCGAGAGGAGAAAUUGGGCGGCGAGGACGAUGGAGGGGAGGGGUUUAAGAGGGAGAUGAGGGAUUUAGAGGAAAUGCUAUCGAAAUUGAACCCCAUGGCUGAGGAAUUCGUGCCGCCGUCGCUCGUUGGCAGCCAGCAGAUGCUUGGGUCCCCUCAAGCGGCGGGUGCUGGCCAUUUUGGGUUUGAUGCUAAUGGUUUUAUGAUGCAGCAGCUCUUUAAUUCUGGUCUUCCAACUGAAAAUUCUUUUAGAAGGAGGAAAAAUGGCUAUACUAAUGGAAAGCGGAGGAUGAAUAGUCGAACAAGCAUGGCUCAAAGAGAUGACGUGAUUAAGAGGACGGUGUAUGUUUCUGAUAUUGAUCAUCAGGUUACGGAAGAGCAACUUGCAGGACUCUUUAUUGGCUGUGGUCAGGUUGUGGAUUGUCGUGUUUGUGGUGACCCUAAUUCCGUACUUCGUUUUGCCUUUGUUGAGUUCACUGACGAAGAAGGGGCAAGGAACGCCUUGAGUUUGGCAGGAACAAUGCUUGGCUAUUAUCCAGUGAGAGUUCUGCCUUCCAAAACUGCAAUUGCCCCUGUUAAUCCGACAUUCUUGCCUAGGUCUGAGGAUGAAAGGGAGAUGUGCGCUAGGACUAUUUAUUGUACAAAUAUUGACAAAAAGGUCACUCAAGCUGAUGUCAAACUCUUCUUUGAGUCCAUUUGUGGCGAGGUCUAUAGGUUGAGGUUGCUUGGUGACUAUCAUCAUUCCACUCGUAUAGCUUUUGUGGAGUUUGUAAUGGCUGAAAGUGCAAUUGCAGCAUUGAACUGCAGUGGUGCUGUGCUGGGGUCGUUGCCUAUAAGGGUGAGCCCAUCAAAGACCCCUGUUAGGCCCCGUGCACCCCGUCAAUCCAUGCACUGAUCAGACAGAGGUCAUCCAUUCUCCAUUAUGUAUACAAUAGUUACAUGGUGGAUGCUGAUACUCUGUGGUAUCUAUGUGUUAAAUCUUUUUUUCCGGGUCUGUGCCUACGCUGGUCGUCUCACUCUCAACUGUAUCGGAUAAUUAUGGUAGACUGUUAAGCUAGUAGAGUAUGGCCAUUUUCGAGGCUUAAGCUGUCAAUGAUAUGCUCCACUUAAUGUGUACUACACUAGUACAGCAGGCAGUGUCUGAUGCUUGUGACCUUGAAGGAAAACUCCUUUUUUCACAUUGCAGUAACCAAUCAUAUCAUGAGAUGCAUUGAUCUCGUUGAACUUACUUUGUUAUAUGUUGAAGCAAAUCUUGGCCUCUA